GACUUAAAGAAAGAAUCUGAUUAGGACUCAAGUGACGUGGGAUCACGUGAUCAUUCACCUGAAGUCGAGGCUCUUAGGGAGCAGAUGGCUUCUUUACAGAGUAACUAUGAAGAUGAGAUCUCUGUGCUCAAGGAGAAACUUCAGACCCAGAUUGCUAAGAAAACCGAGGCGGCCGAAAAAAUAGAGCAGCAAGAAUUUGAAUUUCAGGAGAAAUUAAGCGAGCUAAAGAGUGCGAAUGAGAGCGAAAAAAAUGAGCUUCGGACGGAGCAUCAUGUGGAAAUGGAUAAAUUGAAAAAUGAGUAUGAUGCAAAACUGAAAGAACUGGAGACCAGUGCUUAUUCUUCCACGGAUUUUCCUCAAAAGAAGCAAUACGAAAACCUGAUUGACCAGUUACAAGAACAGGUUACAGAUUUGACUAGUCAGAUGGAAACCAGCGAGGCUCAAAUGGCGCAGGACCUGAUAAUUAUGAAAAAUGAAUUUGAAACGCAGUUGGACGAAUCGAAGAGUGCGUUUGAAAGCGAAAAGGAGAAACUCGAGAGAACCAUAUUGGAGCUCAGAAAUCAAGCCGAAGACAUGAACGAAAAGCAUGCUAGAGAUAUCGAACAAAUGGAGGAGGUUUUCAGAAAAGAAAAGGAAGAGAUCAGAAAUACAUCUCAAGAGAUCGAGACUAAAGCUAAAAAUCUGGAGGCAAUGCAAAGUAAGAUUGAAGUGUACGAGAAUGAAAUAAAGGAGUUGAAAGAAAGUCUCCAAAAUGAGAGACUUGAAUUUGUCGAAGCGCGUGAUUCUCUAGAGGGUAAGAUUGCAGAUCACGAAAAGGAAUUUGAAGAAAAGGUAGAAAGGCUUAGAGAGGAAAUGAAAGAAGAAGAACAAAUGAAACUAGACAAGGUUGUCUCAGACUACGAACAGCGCCUACAGGAAGCUGAGAGAAGCUACCUUGAAGGGAAAGAAGUCGAUCGAACAAAUCAAGAACUUCAGUUAGAGGUGAAUUCAAUGAAAAGGCUUCAUGAAAGAGAGAUUGAGCGACUUCAUGAGAGCUUAGAGACUCUGCAGGCUGAGAAUGAGGGUCUCAAAAGAGAAUACGAUUUGGUAGUGAAUGAUCUCAAUAAUGAGCUGGACAAUUCAAAGAAACCGGAAAAUCCGCAAAUGGAGAAGAUAAAUGACAAUCAAGUGGAGGAAACUCGGACACUAGUAGGAGAUGUAGAAUCCUAUAAACAAAAGGUUACAGAGCUGGAAAGUGAAAUUCAAAGAUUAAAAGGUGCAGAUGAGAAACAGUUAGAGAUUGAUAUCGAUUUGCAAACCAAGACAGCCAAGCUUGAGUAUGAACUAGAGGUUGUGAGAGAAGCAAACAGCAACAACGAAGCAGAACUACAAGAAUGUAGAGCAAAGAUUUCAAACCUCGAGCAACAAUUAGAACUUAGCAAAAGUACUCAUGAAGAAUUUCCCAAUCAAAAUGAAAAUCACAUCUCGAAAAUAUCAGAUCUUGAGAGUCAGCUUGAUCAUAUUAAGAAGGAAUUGGCCAAUUCUGAAGCCCAAGUAGAAGAAUACAAAACCUCAGUUGGAAUCCUGCGUGACGAGAUUGCAAACCUUACCGAAGAAAAUCAGAGAUUGGGUUCCGAAGUAACCAGCAAAGAAGCGGAUCAUCAGAAGGUUACUGAAGAGUUAAAACUGAAUGAGGCGCAGAUUGCUGAUGAAGUUGAAAGAAUGCGAGAGACAGUCGCAACUCUAAAAGCUGAGAAACAGGAUCUUAACAAUACGUUGGAGUUUCAAUCUCGAGAGAACAAGCUUGAGCUUGAGAAACUUACAGAAAAACUCGAACGAAUGGAAAAUGAAAGCAAAAAUGCUAGUGAAGCCCACGUGGAGUCACAAGGAGUUAUAAAAGGGCUUCAUGAAAAAGUCGCAAAGCUUAGAGAUGACUGCGAGAAAUUUAAAAAUGAAAAAGCUUUGCUUCUGCAAGAGGUUCAAGAUCUCAGGAAAAGUGCCAUGGGAGGGGAUGGUGAAAAAGACAGACAAAUAGCAGAAUACCAAAGUGAGUUAGAAAAGUUAUCCGUGAAGAUCGAAAGCCUGGAAAAUUACCAAAAACAGGCAGAAAUCGAGAAACAGGAUCUUCAUGAGGAAAUUGAAGAUCUUCGUCAAGCUCAGAGCGUUGAGCCGAUGAUUACUUUGGCAGCAGUCGACAAAACCUUUGCAGCAAAUCCAUCGACUGGUUUGGGUCUAGAAUACGAGCAGCAGAUGAAAGGACUCGCAGAAGAUUACGAAGAAAAAAUCGAGAAGUUCGAAAAAGAGCUCGAGGAAGAACGAAGUAAGUCAGCUUCAAAGACAAGGAGGAUCGAGUCCAUCAACAUAGAAAUUGAAACCUUACGCCAAAAUCUUGAACAAGAAAGACUCUCUGUUAAAAAUAACCAAGAGCGCAUAGCUAAAAUGCAGGAAAGACACGACGAAGAGGUAAAGAACUUGAAAGAUCAGUUAGCUAUAAAUGCCGAGAGCAACGAAGAUGUAGUUUCCUCGAGCGUAGAAGUCGUAAAGGAGCAGUUAACAACGACAAUUAAAACUCUCGAGGCCGACCUAGAAACAGCACUCCAGGCUAACAGCGAGCAAGCCGAAUGCAUCACCGACUUGAAGACCCAGCUAGAAAGAGCUCGCCAUACCAAUUUAGCGCAAGAAGCGGAAAUCACAAAGCUUAGUCAAGAAUUUCACGAGUUUCAACAACAACAAAUAGCACACGAGGUAAGCAUCACUGCGGAACAAGUCAUGACGAGUGAAGGGCAUGCCAAAGCGGUCGAAACUCUUCAAACUGACUUGGAAGCUGCUCAAAGAUUGCAUCAGAAACAACAGGAUGAGUUAACCAGACUCAAACAAGAAAUAAAGGAGUUUGAACAGCAACAAUUAGCACAUGAAGCUAAAAGAACGGCAGAACAUCUGACAGUAACUGAAGGGCACGCAAAGGAAGUUGCAGUGUUAACAGCGGACCUAGACACCGCAAGAGAACUUAACAAAACUCAACAAGAAGAAAUAAACGAGCUGAAACAGGAGCUAGAGGAUUUUCAGCAACAGCAGAUAGCACAUGAAGCUAAUCUUACGUCGGAGCAACUCAAAGUUAGUGAAUCUCAAAAAGCGCAUCAACAGGAACUUAAAAAGAAAACGAAAGAGGCUACCACCUUGAGGUCCCAUUUGGAGGAAGCGCAAAGAACGAAUAGAAAACAAUUUGAUGAAUUUACAAGAGUUAAAAACGAACGUGAUGAGCUUCACAAAUCACAGAAACGUUUCGAAGAGAAUUUCCAGCAUGAAAGGUUGAAAGCGGACGAGGCAAGCGAACGGAAGAUUAGAGCUUUAGAGGAGGAAGUUCGGAGAAAGACAGAAGAACUAUCGAAGCUGUUCUCUGUGCUCGACACAGAACAGAAAGGACGAGAAAGAGUGUUACUAGAGACGGAGAAGCAUUUGACGCUCAUGCAUCAGGCGGAACAGGACAAAAUUAAGUCAGAGAGAAUCAUCUCUGAGCUGAAGAAUGAGAGUCAAGUUCUUCGAAGCGAACUGAUCCAAGAGAAAGAACAAUUUGCGCGGUAUGUUUCUCAGAGUAAAAAAGCGCAGUCUGAUGAGCAAGAGGAGUGCGAGAAGCUCAGCAGGUCAUUAACUGAAUCUGAGAUGGACAAAGGAAAGCUGGCGGACGAGAUAGAAACAUGUAAGGAUGAAUUGAACAAAAUGCAGGAAAAGUACGGCAAACUUAAAGAGAAGUUUUUAGCUUUAAAGCAGAAGCGGAAAGAGGAAAAGGAAAAAUUCGACGAGAUUCUACUAACGCCGAGACUCGAAAUGGGAUUACAGACGAGUCUCCUGGAACCUGAAGAUCUUAAUCAAACUAGAGAGCAGCUCUCGUCAUCGAUGAGAGAGCAAGGUCGGCUCGAAGAGGAGUUAGAAGUUCUUCAGAGAGAUAUCUAUAAAAAGAAAACUGAAAUUCAAGCUCUAAAAAGAGCCAAUGAAGUACUGAGGAGGCAAAAUCAGGUUCUGUAUCUCGAAACGGAGAGCCUGAGAAGAUCAGGUCAUACAGAAGGAGUUGACGUUCCCGGAAUCCAAAAAGAGAAUGAAAAGUUACUGCAAGACAAAGAAAAUCUGGAGAUAGAAAAUCAAUAUUUAAAAGAGGCUUUAGUCGUAAGAGAAAAACAGGAGGAAGAAAGCAGAGAAAAGGAGAGUUUGUCGGAUGACUUUUCAGAGACUGAGUUACGGGAUCUGAGGGAGAAUCAAGCGCGAAUUGAACAGGAAAACUCAAAGUUAAGUGAAGAAAACGAAUUUUUGCUAAAACAGGGUAAGCAUUUACAAUCUCAAGUCGAUCAACUGGAGGACGAAGUUCAAAGGAUGAAGCGUGAAACUCCUAUGACUUUAACACCAGCAAACGAGGGUCGGUCUCAGCCUCUCGCCAGCGAACUGAUCCAAAGUGAACCUGGACACCAGUUGAACGUGGAGUCAUCGCUUGGCUCUUUCACGGAUCCUUCAUUAAAUACUUCCCCUGAAGCCCAGAGGUUUGUAGAGGAAAAUCAACGAAUUAGAGAACAGAUGCUCGUAUUACAAGGACGUUUAAGAUUAAAAGAGAACGAACUUCAAGACAAGAACAGUUUACAAACUGGAGCAAUGGACGAUUUGAUCAACGAGAGGCAAGUUCUUCUUUCACAAAUCGACUCGAUGAAGGGAGAGCUCGAGAGGUAUGGAGAGAAAGGAUUCGCUGGACAAAAGCUUGCUGACUGGGAUACAAACCAGAGGGAAGAUGCUGCCAAGGAAAAUGUAGGAUCACCCCAGUCUUUCACACAAAGAACUAUUCAGAUUCCGCUCUCGGGAUUUCCCGUUUCUAAUCUUCAAACCUAUGAUUUUAAUGAGGACAAUUACCUUGGAUCUGCUUACUGGGAAGCUACGAAGUUUCUCGACAGAUUACAACAAGUCAACUAACAGCCGGCUGUUAUCCGUUCAUUAGUAUUACUAUAACUUUUUAAAAGGUUUAUUUCAGAGCUUUGUUGGAAUAGCGCGAAGUGCACAUUCAGAAAGUCGCUUGAAUACUCUCAGCUUUUUAUUGCUGAAUUUGUUUUUUCCACAAUCACUGGUUUGUGGUUGCUAUUAACAAUUGCUUAAAGCACAAUUUUCACGACCUUUAUCGUUCAACUCUCCGUUUCAGAAAUAUUCCUUUGUUAUUCGAUGUAGAAAGAGUUCACAACUUGAUCAGAUAAAGGAAAGAUUCAAUUUUGGUUAAAUAAAUUUAUAAUUUUCUUAGUUAUAUUUGUAAUGGAAAAGGCCGUGUAGUAAAGAUUGGUAAUCCUCUA